AUGGUACCUACCAAGCACUUGCGUACCUCGGAUGCACCUUGGACCUUGCUUGGGAGCUGCCUGGUGCCGGACAACCUCCUUCCGAAAAGUGGCGAGACAGACGACACGCAGCGGCAGCACCGCAGCACUACAGGCCACGGUACACACACCAACGCCCUGCCCGUCCGACGGCGUCCAGUCCUCCCCAUGACGCUCAGCACGAGCAUGCUCCGACGCGGCGUGUCGGGCACCUCGAGGACCGCAUUCCCCGCCGCCUUGGCUUCGCCGUCGCCAUGGCUUCGCCGGAGCGUCCGAGGUGACGUCGUGCCGGCUCGCGUCGAGGCCCGGCUCCAGUCUUCGGGACGUUUCCAACCCCUGCGGCCGCCGUCCCCCGUCGAGCUGGGCGCCCCCCGGGCGGCGAAGCAGUACCGGCGAGGGAGGAGAUGGGGCCGUCGGCUGCUCCUCGUCCUCGUCGUCGGCGGCGUCGUCCACCUCGUCGACCGCGAGGUCUACGCCUCGGGCUUCGGCCGCACCCUCCGAACCUUUGGCACGACGCUCCUCGUCGCCGUCGACUACAAGAUCAACUUCCGGCCGGAGCCGCUCACGGCCGGCUCGGUGCCGGACCUGCACACGCGCAACGCCGAGCGGCUCUUCGAGCUGCUGCGUCUCAACGGCGGCCUCUACCUCAAGAUCGGCCAGGCCAUCGCCAUGCAGAGCGCCGUGCUGCCCCCCGAGUUCCAGCGCAUGUUCGGCCGCAUGUUCGACGACGCGCCGCAGGACGACUGGAGGGACGUCGAGAGGGUGAUACGGCAGGACUUUGGCCGGUCCGUCGAGGACGUCUUCGGCGUCAGCUUCACCGGCGCGCCGGGCAUGGGCGUCAUGGAGCGCCGGGCGAGGGCCAGCGCGAGCGUCGCCCAGGUGCACUGGGCCCGGCUCCCCGACGGCCGGGAGGUGGCGGUCAAGAUACAGAAGAGGGAGAUUGCGAAGCAGAUUGCGUGGGAUCUGUGGGCUUUCAAGACCGUCGCCUGGAUCUACUCCCGGUGGUUCGACCUGCCCUUCUACACCCUCGUGCCCUACAUCGCCGAGCGGCUCGCGCUCGAGACGGACUUUGUCAACGAGGCCGAGAACUCGGAGAGGAUGCGCUCGCUCGUCGAGGCCGAGCCGCGGCUCCGCGGACGCGUCUACGUUCCGACCGUCUACCCCGAGCUCAGCUCCAAGCGCGUGCUCACGACCGAGUGGGUCGAGGGCGUCAGGCUGUGGGACAAGCAGGCCAUGACCUCCCGCUGGCUCGGCGGACGCGGUCGGGGAUCGCCCGGCGCCCGCUGCCCGCUGCCGGCCGUCGACAUGGACGCCGCCCGACGACGGGUCCGGACGCGUCCGCCGAGCGACGCCGUCAAGCCCGAGAGGCAGGAGUGGCGGGGCGUCGGCGGCCGCGGCGGCCUCGGCGUCUCGGCCAAGGACGUCAUGACCACCAUGAUCGACCUCUUCUCGGCGCAAAUCUUCCAGUGGGGCGUCGUCCACUGCGACCCGCACCCGGGCAACAUCUUUGUCCGCCGGCUGCCCGGCGGCAGGCCCGAGCUCGUGCUCAUCGACCACGGGCUCUACGUCUACAUGUCGCCCGCGUUCCGGCACGAGUACGGCCGGUUCUGGAAGGCGCUCAUGACCUUUGACAACGAGACCAUCGUCGCCGUCACCGAGCGCUGGGGCAUCCGGGGCGCCGACCUCUUCGCCAGCGCCACGCUGAUGCGCCCGUACGAGGGCGGCGACUCGUCGACGAGGGCCGACUUCCUCAAGGGUCUCGAGGGCAAGACGGCCUCGGAGCGGCACUACGCCAUGCAGCGACGCAUGAAGCAGGGGAUCCGGGACGUGCUGGCCGACGAGGAAAAGUGGCCCAAGGAGCUCAUCUUCCUCGGCCGCAACAUGCGCAUCGUCCAGGGCAAUAACCAGUACCUCGGCUCGCCCGUCAACCGCGUCAAGAUGAUGGGCGAGUGGGCGAGCCGCAGCCUGUUCGAGGACCCCACGCUGCCGAGGGCGCAGCGGCUGCGGAACGCGUGGCGGCACGCCCUCUUCACCUCGGUCAUGGCCGCCACCGACGUCGCCUUUUACUUUUUCAAGCUGCGGCAGUGGCUCGGGCUCGGCGGCGGCAUGGAGGACGAGAUGGAGAAGCGCAUGAAGGACGUGGCCCAGGACUACGGCAUCGAGCUGCAGCACCAAGUGUUUGAAGGGUAG